UGUUCGAACUUCAUUUUAAAGAGUAGGCAAUGAUAAAUUGGUUCAGUUAAAAUCAAAAAAUUCAUAACAAUCGUAUUGGAAGCCAAGCAAAAUGGGAGAUGCUGAUGGAAAAAUUGCAGGUGGUCAGGCCGUAAAGAGAUGUUGCGGCUUCCAUUGGAGGGGCAAGGCGACCGUCAUGAUUCCUAUCAUCACAUUGCCGCUUAUGAUCUAUGGGGUCUUGGAGAAUAAUUUGGCAUAUCAAUGCAUGUAUCUGGUGGCCAAUAUGGCGCUCUUCUGGAUCACGGAAGCCAUUCCUCUAUAUUUGACAGCUCUGUUUCCAGUGGUUUUUCUGCCACUGUUUGGCAUUUUGACUUCGGAAAAGGUGUGCAGCUUUUACUUUAGUGACACCGUGGUUAUGUUCAUUGGGGGACUGCUUAUUGCUCUGGCCAUAGAAUACAGCAAUCUCCAUCAGCGCAUCGCACUCAACACUAUUCUAAUAGUGGGCUGCAGUCCGAGGCGCUUGCACUUCGGAUUGGUCAUGGUGACUUGCUUCAUAUCGCUUUGGAUUUCAAACUCAGCUGCCACUGCCAUGAUGUGUCCCAUAGUCAAAGCAGUGCUCAAUGAAAUGGAAACUCAAAACAUUUUUUCCAUUUACAAGUCGCAGGAAGAGGAACCAGUGGAAGAGGGCGACCCCCCGCAUCCAUCAACAAUCUCGAUGGCCUUCUAUUUUGGCAUCGCAUACUCUUCCUCAAUCGGUGGUUGUGGCACCUUGAUUGGAACUGGGACGAAUCUGACUUAUAAGGGCUUAUACGAUACACGUUUUCCCAACUCCGAAGAGAAGAUUGACUUCCCCAUCUUCAUGGCUUACUCCGUUCCGUUUGUAGUGCUCGUGCUUGUCUUUCUCACGUACUUCUCGCUACAAGUCACCCACAUGGGUCUCUUCCGGCCGAAUAGCAAAAUUGGUCAGGAGGUGAAGAAGGGCGCCGAGAGCCAGGACGUUGUCAAGGAUGUGAUCAAGCAGCGCAGGGCAGAGCUGGGACCGAUGAGCUGCCACGAGAUUCAAGUGGGUCUGCUCUUCGUGCUGAUGAUUUUCCUGCUCUUCACCCGUAAACCUGGUUUCUUUCCGGGAUGGGCUGACUUUCUGAAUGCCAAAGCCAUUGGCAGUGGUCCUCCAGUAUUUUUCGCAACAGUUCUGCUCUUCGCACUGCCCACACAGUACACCUUCUUCAAGUACUGCUGCGGAAAGGCACCUUUCCCAGGACAAACUUUGGAUGCCUGCCUGUCGUGGGUCUAUUGCCAAAAGUAUACCCCCUUUGGCCUGGCCUUUCUGUUGGGAGGUGGAUUUGCUUUGGCUGAGGGCAGCAGGGUAAGCGGAAUGGCCAAAAUGCUGGGCGAGUCCUUAGCAUUCGCUGGUGAAAUGCACUCCGUCCUCGUUAUAUCCAUGUGUAUUAUAAUCUCCCUAUUCUGCACUGCAUUCGCUUCCAACGUGGCCAUCUGCAAUAUUCUGAUCCCGAUCUUCUCGGAAAUGGCCCUGGCCAUCAAAGUUCAUCCCAUGAAACUGACAUUUCCGGCUGCCCUGGCCUGCAGCUUGGCUUUCCAUCUGCCCGUAAGCACUCCGCCUAAUGCAAUUAUAUCCGGCUUUACGGGUUUGAAGACAAAGUACAUGGCCAUCGCUGGGCUUCUGCCCACAUUUUGGGCCUUCCUAUGUCUGCUGUUCACCGGAACCGUGUGGACCAUGCUGAUCUAUCCGGGGACGACGGAAUUCCCCUCGUGGGCUGUUUAGCUCCAAUUAUGAAGUGCCUACGAAGUGGGGACAAUCCAUAUCUACAGACAUAAACAAACUCCUACACUCAAGAUGGAACAUGUGAAAAAUUUCUGGUAUCCCCAAUAAUAUUUCUGUCAAAUCAAAGGGCUUUGAGGUCAAAUGAACUGGAUCUUUCUUUUGGCAGCAAUUUUGUUGAGUUGCAUGCCGCGUUUGGCAAAAUUUUUAGGUGUGCUCACAUUACUGCCCUUAUGUGGAGUUUCGUUUGAUGGCUAAUAAAUAAAAAGCCAACAAUUUGCGGGAAUAAAACUACAGCAAACUUGUUUAA